AUGUCCCAAUCUACAUCCAACCCAGCUCUAGAAGCGUUUCGAGUCCCUACCAUCACUCAACCACUGCACAAUAGCAUUCCACCCGAGCUUGUGCCUCGAUUUGAUCCCGUGUAUGUUGCAUACUACAAUGCCUUCAGUGCAGGACGACUGCAUACCCACGAGGUACCGAUAGAAGAGUUUCGCAAAAACCCUGCUCGAUACACCAUCGCAUAUGGCCGAUCAGCGGGCCCCGAUAUCUUUCGCAUCACGGAGCAGAAAUGCCCUGUCAAUGGCGGUGAAAUCACCAUUCGGAUAUUCGAACCAGCACCUCGACCUGACCAGGGUCAGAAGAAGAGGAUAGCCUACAUAAACUUCCAUGGAGGUGGUUGGGUCUUUGGCGGAUUAGCUUACGACCACAGUUUCUGCAAGCGGCUGGUCCAUGAGCUGGAUGGUGGCCUUGUCGCUUUCGACGUGGACUAUCGAUUGGCACCAGAGCACAAGUUCCCAAUCCCGGUUGAGGAUUGCUGGACUGCCUUUAAUUGGGUUCGCUCGAAGGCUACUGAAUUCCACCUCGACUUGGAUCGAUUUGUAGUUGGGGGCGUCUCAGCUGGAGGCCACAUCUCCGCCGUCAUCAGCCACCUCUGUCGCAAUGCGAAUAUCCCACUGCGACUGCAACUCUUGACUGUACCGGCGACGGACCUGCACAGCACGUUCACGCCACAUGGUGAAUUCGACCGAGAGAAUUGUCCCUAUGAGUCCUAUCGAGAAAUGGAGUUUACGCCAGCGCUCCCAACUGCACGCAUGGCUUACUUCCACCGAGCCUUCCUGGGAGUUCCUCGACCGGCGCAGUCUGACGAGGACUGGAAGAUAUCCCCUAUUCGAGCUCCCAACUUCCAAGGCUUGGCCCCUGCGUUGGUGUUUACUGCGGAAUUAGAUCCAUUGCGCGACGAGGGCGAGGCAUAUGCGGCCAAGCUUCGGGCUGCUGGAGUACCUGUAGAAGUCAAUCGCAUGGCAGGCGCCCCUCAUAUAUUUGCUGGGCUUGAUGAGAUCCUGGUGGCUGGACAACAGUAUAACAAGAAGGUGGUUGCGAGUCUGCGGGAGCUCCAGGGAUGA